CAACGCCGCCGCUGCUACUGUUAUUAGGACUCCGGGCCUCGCCGUUCUCGUUGUCGGCGGCGAAAGUCCGGCAAAGCGCCGCUAAGGAAACGACAACAAGGCCGACAAAAGCGGACGCCGCCAUGGAAAACGCCGUCGCAAAACGAGGGAGGGAAAUGAAAUCAAUAAAUUCCGUCCGUCCGUCAGCCGCCAGCCAGCCCGCCGCUGCCUACAGUCAGCUUUGUUGACAAAGUAAAGUAGACGACACGAUGACCAGGAAGUAACGUGACGCCACGCCGCCGGUGACGUCUCGACUUUGCAGUUCGCGGCUUUACUCCGGCUACACUGCGCUUACAAACGGGCCGCGGCGCCCUCCGGUGGAUAUACCGAGAAUCAUAUGCUCUUGAGGAAAAAAAUGGACAAUUUACACAUCAACAUUUCAGGAAAACGCACCGGGCUAUUACCGGAACCGUAUGGUUCUGCCAAAUUUUGCCCUGUGGAAAUAUUCCUAUUCGCCCUUUCAUUGACAGAAGGUGACCUGCUAUCAACCGGAAACACUUCAAAGCCCACGAAUCUACGGGAAGAAACGACCACGAAAUGCAACAGGAAGUGACCGGUUCUCAACUAAAAACUUCCUGACAUGUCCCCAAAUCGACAGGAAGUGACCCAAUAUCAACAGGAAGCGACCAUGGAAUACCCCUAAAUCAACAGGAGGUGACCCCAUAUCAACAGAAAUGAACCCUUUAAUGCCCCAAAAUCAACAGGAAGUGACCCAUUAUCAACCAAAAACUCCUUGAAAUGCCUACGAAUCAACAGGAAGUGACCAUGAUGCCCACCCAAACAAACAGGACGUGACCCUGAAAUGCCUCCAAAUCAACAGGAAGUUACCUGAUAUCUACAGGAAGUGACCAUGAAAUACCCCCGAAUGAACAGGAUGUGACCCGAUAUCAACAGGGAACGACCACAAAAUGCCCUCAUAUCAACAGGAAGUGACCGCUUCUCAACCGAAAACUCCCUGACAUGCCCCCGAAUCAACAGGAAGUGACCCUGAAAUAUCCCCAAAUCAACAGAAAAUGCCAACAUUGACAGGAAGUGGCCGGUUCUCAACCAAAAACUACCAGACAUGCGCCCGAAUCAACAGGAAGUGACCAUGAAAUGCCCCCCAAAUCAACAGAAUGUGACCCUUUGAUGCCCCAAAAUCGACAGGAAGUGACCCAUUAUCAACCGGAAACUCCUUGAAAUGACCCUCAAUAAACAGGAAGUGACCUGGGAUGCCUGAAAAUCAACAAGAAGUAAACCGAGAGCAACAGGAAGUGACCAUGAAAUGCCCUCAAAUCAACAGGAAGUGACCCUUUAAUGCUCCAGAAUUGACAGGAAGUGACAAGAUCAUCAACAUGGAACUCCUUGAAAUGCCCCCAAAUCAACAUGAAAACAACCUGAAAUAUCCCCAAAUCAACAGGUGACCCAAUAUCAACAGGGAGUGACCCUGAAAUGUCCCUAAAUCAACAGGAAGUGACCCUUUAAUGCCCCAAAAUUGACAGGAAGUGACCCAUUAUCAAUCGGAAAAUCCUUAAUGUCCACAAAUUAACAGGAAGUGACCCGAUAUCACCAGGAAGCAACCACGAAAUACCCCCAUAUCAACAGGAAGUGACAUGAAUGCCAACAAAUCAACACAAAGAGACCCUCUAAUGCCCCCAAAUCAACAGAAAGUGACCCGUUAUCAACCGGAAAUGUCCCCGAAUCAACAGGAAGUGACCCAUUAUCAGCAGGAAGCGACCAUGAAACGCCCCCAAAACAACAGGAGGUGACCCGAUAUCAACAGGAAGUGACAUGAAUGCCCACAAAUCAACAGAAAGAGACUCUUUCAUGCCCCCGAAUCUGCAGGAAAUGACCCGAUAUCAACACAAAGCGACCAUGAAAUACACCUAAAUCAACAGGAAGUGACCUGAUACCAACAGGGAGUCCCUCGAGUGCCCCCAAAUCAACGAGUGUGACCCGUAAUGACAGAAAGUGACCCUAUAUUGCCCCAAAAUCAAAAGUGACCCAUUGUAUACUGCAAACUCCUUGAAAUGCCCCCAAAUCAACAGGAAGUGACCUGAUAACAACAGGAAGUUCCCUGAGUGCCCCCCAAUCAACAGAAAAAGACCGUAAAAUGUCCGCAAAUCAAUAGGAAGUGGCAUUUUAAUGCCCCAAAAUCGAUAGGAAGUGACCCAUUUUCAACUGGAAACUCCUUGAAAUGCCACUGAAUCAACAGGAAGUGACCCGGUAUCAACAGGAAGUGACAAUGAUGUACCCCCAAAUCAACAGGCAGUGACUUGAUACCAACAGGAAGUGACAUGAAUGCCCCCAAAUCGACAGGAAGUGACCCUGAGAUGUCCCUAAAUUAACAGCAAGUGACACUUUCAUGCCCCAAAAUUACCAGGAAGCAACCGGAUAGCAACAGGAAGUGACCCAUUAUCAACCAGAAACUCCUUGAAAUGCCCGCGAAUCAACAGGAAGUGACCCGGUAUCAACAGGAAAUGACAAUGAUGUACCCCCCAAAUCAACAGGAAGUGAGUUGAUAUCAACAGGAAGUGACAUGAAUGCCCCCAAAUCAACAGGAAGUGACCCUGAAAUGUCCCUAAAUUAACAGCAAGUGACACUUUCAUGCCCCGAAAUCAACAGGAUGUGACCCGAUAUCAACAGGAAGUGACCCAUUAUCAACCAGAAACUCCUUGAAAGGCCCCCAAAUCAACAGGAAGUGACAAUGAUGUACCCCUAAAUCAACAGGAAGUGACUUGAUAUCAACAGGAAGUGACAUGAAUACCCCCAAAUCAACAGGAAGUGACCCUGAAAUGUCCUUAAAUUAACAGCAAGUGACACUUUUGUGCCCCAAAAUCAACUGGAAGUGACCCGAUAUCAACAGGAAAUGACCAUGAUAUACCCCCAAAUCAACAGGAAGUGACCAUGAAAUGCCUCCAAAUCAACAGGAAGUGACCCAAUAUCAACAGGAAGCCCCCUGAAUGCCCCCAAAUUAACAGGAAGUGACCCAAUAUACCCAGGGCCGGCCCAGGCCAUUUGGGGGCCCUUAGAAAAAUAAUGCCAAGGGGCCCAUAUUUUUGGCCCACCAUUUCGUCACAGUGUACUGUGAAACCCAUACAUGCAAUCCAACCCAUACAUCCAUAUUUUAUAUAUUAAUCAGAUUUUGUUGCACUGCAUACUACAAGCUUCUCACCCCAAAUGAUUGUCAGUACUUACAGUAGAUGGCGCCAAACCGUUUUCCAAAAGAGGAAAAGAAAGAAGUUAAUGAAGAACUUUUAUUUUUUAAGCUUGUAAUCAAGUAUCAAAACUCACAAAAGUCAAAUAAAGCAAACUGUGGUAAACGGAUGUUUGCAUAGAUAAACGGCAAUGCGCGCCACAUUAUUCACGAUGCUCUAUUAACAACGUAAAAAAUGAGGUUGCCAGAUUGGGGGGCCCCCUAGUGGUCAGGGGCCCUAAGCAGCUGCAUAGUCUGCGUAUAGGCUGGGCCGGCCUUGGAUAUACCAACCAUCACCAGCAAAGCUACGAAGCAAAGCUAAUUUCUCCAGAAACUGUAUUUUCUAGUUUUUUUUCUUUUUUUCUUUGAUAUUCAAAAGUUUUGCAUGAAAUAAAAGUUCAAAUAUAUUGAAAAAUAGACGAGCUACCUAAUAUAAAAAAUGUUUUUAAAAAUUUCGAACCACACAAAUUUCAUGAAGGAAAUCAUUGGCUGCCAUUCACGGCGAUAGACGUCCAAUUCCUUUGAACGUUUGAUCGCUGCCAGCCCAAAUCGAUCGGACGUCUAUCGCUGAGCAAAUGACAUUAACGUUGAUACGUCAACUAAAAUAUUGCUUGAAUUUGAAAAGCAUUGCACCAAAAUAGCUUUGAAAUUGUUAUUCGAGAAGAAAUCAAGACUGUGGCGUCCUCUGGUGGACACCGCUUGAUAGUUGUUGGGAUUGCAAGCGCUUUCAUGAAGAAAAUGAAUAUUAUCAACAUUUUAUUUGCUGGGGAAACGGACACAUUACUUAAAGCGUGACAUAUUUUUUAUUUCGAUGAUCAAGGAUGACCUUUUUUUUUAUUAUUAUUAAUUCAUAACCUUAAUUGACUGGCUUUUUUUGGCUUUAUAUAUAUAUUUUUUUGUUCCGGUCUGGGCAGAGAGUAACAAACAGCGCGACCAAUGGCGAGGCUGGAAUCCGCAAAGGGGCGGGACCGUCACAUCGCAGCCGCAGAUCGCAGAGCGUCAGAAGCCAUCACAACACAUUUGGACCUUUUUGCACCUUCGACGCUCGUUUCCGGAAGCGUCCGGAGGCCCGAACGGAACCCGAGCGUCCGAAGAUGAGCGCCGUUCAGGUUCCGGUUUUGUGAAGCCAAAACGGCCGGCAGGCAGGUCCCGCUCGGACGUUUGCUAGAUUGAAGCAAACAGGAGGCGGGAUUAAGAGACCCCCGCCUCAUCCCUCGUCGCCUGUAAUCUGGUUGUGCCCCAUCUGGAUUGGGAGAAGGCGCGCGUGUUCGGAAACGAGCGUGCGCGCGCGCGGCCGCUCGGCUCGGCUCGGCUCGGGUAGGUGCGUUCGCGUCCACGCCCGCGCUGCCCGCCCGCCCGCCCGCCUCGACAUGCCGACGUCCCGGCCCGAUUCGGAGGCGGUGCCGGUGCCCGCCGACUUUUGGGUGGACGGCUCGCGCAGGGACGGCACAGUGGAAGAGUUUUACACGCUCGGCUCCGAAUUGGGCAGGGGCGCCACGUCCGUGGUGUAUCGCUGCGAAGAAAAGGACAAGAAGAAGGCGUACGCCGUCAAAGUUCUCAAGAAAACGAUCGAUAAGAAGAUCGUCCGGACGGAGAUCGGCGUCCUGCUGCGGCUGUCGCACCCCAACAUCAUCCGGCUGGAGGAGAUCUUCGAGACGGAUACCGACAUUGCUCUGAUUCUGGAGCUGGUGACGGGAGGCGAGCUCUUCGACAGGAUCGUGGAGCGCGGCUACUACAGCGAGAGGGACGCCGCUCACGUCAUCAAGCAGAUCCUGGAGGCCGUGGCGUAUCUUCACGAGAACGGCGUGGUGCAUCGUGAUCUGAAACCCGAGAAUUUACUCUACGCCGACCUGUCGCUCGACGCGCCGCUGAAAAUCGCUGACUUUGGACUCUCCAAAAUCAUCGACGAUCAGGUGACCAUGAAGACGGUGUGCGGUACGCCCGGAUACUGCGCUCCCGAGAUCCUCCGAGGAAACGCUUACGGGCCCGAAGUGGACAUGUGGUCGGUGGGCGUCAUCCUCUACAUCCUGCUGUGCGGGUUCGAGCCCUUCUUCGACGCCCGGGGGGACCAGUACAUGUACACGCGCAUCCUCAACGGAGACUACGAGUUUGUCUCCCCCUGGUGGGACGAGGUCUCGCUCAACGCCAAGGACCUGGUGAGCAAGCUGAUCGUGCUGGACCCGGCCAAGCGUCUGAGCGUGCGGCAGGCGCUCCAGCACCCCUGGGUACUGGGCAAGGCGGCCCGCUUCUCGCACAUGGACACGGCGCACAGGAAGCUGCAAGAGUUCAACGCUAGGCGCAAACUCAAGGCGGCCAUGAAGGCGGUGGUGGCGACCGGCCGGAUGCACGAAUCCUCUCGCCGUAGGACCGACAGCUGCGAGAUCCCCGCCUCGGGGCCGUCGGGGCAGAGCGGCACGCGGCCAGACCCGCCGCCCAAAGGCGUCGACGCCGCCCCCGAAGACCCGGAAGCGGCGCCGUCGGAAAAAGCGGAGCGUAGCCCCGCCCCUUUCGGCGAGUCCGACGCCGCGCCCGUCCGGCCACCACUGCGGGCUGACGGCCAGCGGAGGGGCAAGUCUGCGCCGGCCCCGCCCGGAAAGAGCCCGUCCACCGUGGGGCCGCGCGCCGCCGAUCGGGCCGCGCUCCCGCCGGCCGUGCCCCCGAGCCCCGACGGCCUCAGCAACGGCUUCGCGCCGGAGACGGAGGCCGUCGCCGAGACCGCCCCCUGCCAGUGAGCUCCUCCCAGUGACUCUGACGCGCUAACGGCUACGUCGGCCUGUAAAUAUUGACAACGAGUGCACGAACGCAUCCCGAGGUUGCGGCUAGCAUGCUGGCUUUUAUGCUAAUGUUGUGAAACCUGUUUUGGACGCUAAUGUGACUUUUUCAACAUUGAAGAUUUUUUCCUUUGGAUGGCUAAAACAUUAGCUUUAGCAGUUAGCAAGUAUCACGGAGUAUUAGGGCCACCGAAAUGCCCCCAAAAUCAACAGCUUUUUUUAAUAGAGGGUGACCCUGAAAUGCCCUCAAUUCAACAGGAAGUGACCCUUACAAACUCAAAACGUCCCAAAAUGGACAGGAAGUGUCUCAGGUCUUUACCGACCUCUCCCAAUUUCUCCAGAAAUGGCAUUUUCUAGUGUUACACAAUAUUACAAGAUUAAAGUCAUAUUACGGAUCUUUAUCAUAAUCUGUAUGGAUGUGAUGCGGCUACUACAUACUUUUUGGAAUGGGUUUUUCCCCAAAUGAAAAAAUCUUUUGUCACCACUACAUCAAAUGUGACCCUAAUACUCUGUGUUAGGCAAGAUAGCAUUUUGCUACGUUUCUUUGUUUGUGUCACCUUCCAAACACGCUCGUGUUAGCCUAGCUUAGCAUCAGUGUUGUGUCCAGAUUUUCUCCUAGUUGCUAGACUAUAAGAAUACCUUGAGCGAUGCUGCGUGGUUUUCAAAACAAGCGUCACUUCAUGUUCAACCUUUAAGUUUAGCCUGAUAGACUAGAAUUAGCGGGUGACCCACAAAUGCCCCAAAACAAACCUGUCUGACCAAAAGCCAACAGGAAGUGACCCAAAUUCAAUCGGUAGUGAGCUGGGAAUGCCUCAAAUUGAACAGGAAGUGACCCAAAAAUAAUAGGAAGUGACCCACAGUAAGCUCGGAAUGCCUCAGAAUGAAGAGUAAGUGACCCAAAAUCAACAGGAAGUGAGCCAAAAACAUCCGAAAGUGAGCCAAAAACAUCAGGAAGUGACCCAAAUUCAAAAUAAAGUGACCCAAAGUCAACAGGACGUGAGCUGGGAAUGCCUCAAAAUGAACAGGAAGUGACCCAAAAACAA